AUGCUCGCCGGAAGCACGACGGUCGUGGUUGAUCGCCCGCGCGCCGGAUCAAAUACCAGCGGCACUAGCGACGACAGCAAUCAAAGCACCAGCACAUCUCCCACCUCCGAUGCCACCGGCUCCAUCGGCAAUAGCAACAAGCAACUCGCACGCAUCGAGCGUCGACCCGGUCAACAGCGGCGAUAUGCGCCCAAAACACGGACAGGCUGCAUCACAUGCAAAAUCCGGAGGGUCAAGUGCGACGAAGGAAAGCCUUACUGUAAACGAUGCACCACCACCGGCCGCAAAUGCGAUGGCUACACGAACCUGGUCGAGCAGAAGCAGCAGCCCAAAGGCACCGAAUCUCUGUCCAUGGCACUCGUCUCGGGAGUCUCCGCAGAUGCGUUUGAACGGAGGACCUUCGACUUCUUCCGAGCAAAGACUGCACCGACCGUGUCAGGCUACUUCCAGGACUCUGUCUGGGAUCGAAUCGUGCUGCAAUUGAGCCAUAGCGAGCCUGCCGUGAGACAUGCCGUGAAUGCCCUGGGAUCCCUCCACGAGCACUUGUCGGAUGUUGGCAACGGAAACGUCAACGACAGUCUGGUGAAGGCCAGCUACCCUACUCAGCAGUACGCCAAGACACUCAGUGCAAUGCAGGCGCUAAUGCAGGGUGGCAAUGCAUCCAUGGACGUUGUGCUCGUGUGCGCUCUGAUAUGCAUCCACUUCGAGGCUUUACGAGAGGCAUUUGUUCCAUGCUUGAUGCAUGUCGAGAAUGCAAUACAGCUUCUCAAUUCCAAGAACGGCACCCUUGAUGCUCGGAAAGUCAAUCCCAGCCUGGUUCGAGCAAUCAUGCGGAUGGACUUGCAAGGAACCAUGUAUCUCGGCAGUCGCAUACCUGGUCUCUCCUUUUUCAGUGCAGCAGAUGACAUCCUGCCUUCCUCCUUCCAUGACCUCACGCAGGCUCGCGAUCUCGUCAAUACCUGGUCGAGCCGACUCUACCAUUUCAUGCGGACCAUCGCGGACCACCACAGAUUUCAAAGCGUGGGCGAUAUUGCUCUGGAACACAUCGCCAAAGCACAGGAGCUGGAAGCAACAUUCCUGGACUUCGAUCGUCUCCUAUGGGAGUACAUGCAUAAGCCGUCCGCCAAAUUCUCCACACGUGAGCAGCUUGGGCUCGGUAUGCUGCGCAGUCGUGUCAAGAUGAACCGAAUUCUAUCAUCGACAUGUCUUUAUGCCGAAGCUUGCAGAUUCGACCUUUUCCUCUCGGACUUCGAGGACAUUCUUACCAUCUGCUCCUACAUCAUGAGUAGCGACAACGCCGACAAGCGCUUCUUCGCUGUGAGUCUCGACGAAGGUUUAGUGCAACCUCUCUUCUUCAUUGCAACGCACUGCAGAGACGGGAGGUUACGGCACCAGGCACUGGCACAUCUCGGCAAAUUACCGUCAAAGGAGGGCAUCCGCCACGUCACAACUUCGUUGCGCACGGCGGAAGUCUGCGUUGCAUUCGAAGAAGCGGACUGCGGCAAACAAAUCGCCACUUGCGAGGACAUUCCCGAGUGGAAGCGUAUUCACAGUGCCAGCUUCGGCGGCUCAAAUCUUCAUCUGCCCGAGAACAAAGUGCUUAUGCAUCUUAAUCUCCGUCCUAACGGUCUCGACGGCGAAUGGGCUGUCUUUGUGGAGGAGCUCGACUGGGCUGCCUCCGGAGACACAUUCACUGAGAACUUCAUGCUUUUGGGACCGCAAUUGCAGCAGUUCUGA